AAGAGUCGAAGAAACGUCGCUGUGGCCGUUCGCUUAUAGUGGGUUCCUUCACCGUGCGGCCGUGAGGGUUCGGCGCUUCCACCACGGCACUGACGGUCUAGGUCACCUGUUUGGCAGUUUCGCCUGUUGAGCUCGUUUGGACACGGACACACACACACGGAAGAGGAACUGGAGAAGAGCCCGUGUGAACUGACAGAUCGCCGAUGCUGCUCUAAGGAAAUACGAGUCUCUCGACCUGCCAGCCUGUCUACCUGUCAAUGAGUAAUUCAUGAAGGAAUCCGUCCACAGAAGCACCGCGAGCCCCGCUCCCCCGCAACCCGAGUCGCCCCACUCCCACUGGGAAAACUAAACAAACCCGACUGUGGAAUUCGAUGUUAAUUUUCUUCACCUAAGAAGAACAACGCAUCGAGUCGUGUUCCGUUUUUCCAUUUAUCCGCCGGUGCUCGCGGUAAUACCGGACGACUGUAAAACGUUUCGAUCGAGCGCACCGGGAUGAGCGUGUGCUGGCGGAGAGCCGUGUAGCGGGGCUCGCGCGGCAAGGCACGCGCUGCCUGCCGCCUUGUGCGCGCGCGCGCCGGGGGGAGAAUGGCCUCGAACGAGAGACUCUACGAGGUGUGGAUGCUGUACUGCAGUAAGAAGGAUCCAGACUACUUGAAGCUGUGGCUGGAGAUUUUCAUUAGCUCCUAUGAGAGAUGUCUGGACGUGGACUUCGAGAAGCCACCCACCAGGCUGGAGGAAAUGCCCCCAGUGAUGUCACUGCUGCCGGACAACAUCUUGCAGGUUCUUCGCCACCAGCUACUGCAAUGUGUCCAGAAGGUGUCUGAUGGGCUGGAGCAGGAGCAGCAGAAUCUGUCCCUGCUUCUUGUCAAGUUUCUCAUAGUGGUCUGCAGGAACCUUUCCAAUGUGGAGGAGAUCGGCACCUGCUCUUAUAUCAACCAUGUUAUCACUAUUACAACUCUGUACAUACAGCAGCUAAAGACGAAAACAAAAGAGAAAGAGCUGGCGGAUCAGACUCCAGCUGAGGAGUUUGUGCACCAUGCCCUGGCCUUUUGUGAGAGCCUGUACGACCCCUACCACAACUGGCGACACCGCAUCUGCGGGGACCAGUUGAGUGCUGUGGAGAAGAGCAGACAAAAGUUCAAGGCUGCCCCACUCACGGUUGAGUUUGUCCCUUUUUUCUAUCAGUGUUUCCAGGAGAGCGAACACUUGAAAAACAGUCUGAAAUGUUGCCUCCUGCACCUGUUCGGUGCCAUCGUGGCUGGGGGACAGCACAAUGCGAUCCUUGCCAUUUCUCCGGCGACCAUGGAAGUGCUGUUGGGUGUUUUGGCUGACUGCGAGGGCUCAGAUGGAGAGGACUGGGACUUGGAUGUUCCAGACCGCAUGGCCCUGCUGACACUGGGGUGCCUGCGUGAAGUGGUGCAUAGCCUACUGGCCAGCAACUCGGACCAGCGGCAGGUGGAGAUUGGUGCUGUGCUGGAGAACUACUUCAAGCUCCUGAACUCUGACCCUGCUACCAUGCAGGUCAGGGGGCGGGUACCACUGCAACGGUCACGCCAUUGGGAGUCCCGCUUUGUGGCCCUCCAGGUGCACAUGUUAGACACAAUUCGGGAGAUGUUUGAGUGUUCCGAUCGGCCUGUGCUGCAGGCCAUCUUCCUCAACAGCAACUGCUUUGAACACCUGACCAGACUGCUGCAGAACAGCAAGGUAUUUCAGGGACGGCUGGACUCCCUAGCUGUGGCCACCAUCCAAACCUUGACCACUGUGAUGCAUAAGUCCCCAGCUGCCAAGGAAGUGUUCAAGGAACGCAUUGGAUACACCCACUUGUAUGAGGUGCUCGUGUCUCUGGGGCAACCAUCUAGACGCUUGUUGAAAGAACUCAUGAAUAUGGCAGUGGAAGGGGAGCAUACAUCUGUAGGAAUCCUGGGCAUCAGCAAUGUGCAGCCACUGCUGCUGCUCAUCCAGUGGCUCCCAGACCUGGAGUCUCCAGAGCUUCAGAUUUUUGCAGCAGACUGGCUACGAAGGCUGUGCAGCCUGAACCGGCAGACGCGUGCCACCUGUGUCAAUGCUGCCAUGGUCAUGCGCAUCCUGGACACGCUGGGCUGCCAUGCCCGCCUACACCGUGCUUGUGCAGAGAGCCUGAUUGCACUGCUGGGUGCACUGGGGAGCCAAUCUCUAAGUGGGACAGAGCUGUUGCAGUUGCUCCGUCUCUUGCGCACAGACGAUACCCGAAAGCCACACCCCUACGUGGGCCCUGUCCUAAAGGCAAUUCUGGGCAUGGUGCGCAAGCAGGGCCUGGAGAGUGCCAUGCAGUAUUUUGACCUGUCUCCAAGCAUGGCUGGGAUUGCUGUGCCAACCAUUCAGCGCUGGCCUGGUUCUGCCUUUAGCUUCCUUGCCUGGCUAUGUCUGGACCAAGACCAGCAGGGCCCAGCCAAGGGGGAAAAGAGAAAACAGCUGUACAGCUUCUUCACCGCCAGUGGGACGGGGUUUGAGGCCUUCAUAAGUACAACGGGGAUGCUGGUGGUGGCUGUGUGCACCAAGGAGUAUGUCACUGUCAUGCUACCAGAAUAUUGCUUCUGUGACUCGCUGUGGCACAGCAUUGGAGUGGUGCAUGUACCAGGGAAGAGGCCUUUUGGACAAAGCUUGGUUUAUAUCUAUGUGGAUGGGCACCAGAAGCUGUCUGCUCCACUGAAAUGCCCAACCAUGACAGAGCCCUUCACAUCCUGCUGCAUUGGAUCAGCGGGCCACAGGACCACCACACCUCCCCCAUCCCAAAUCCCGGACCCUCCCUUUUCCAUGGGCUCUGCACCAACCCGCUCCUCCCUGGGGGGCAUCCUCUCGGGCCCUGGCUGGGGAGGCCUUCUUGGGGGAAAACCGGAAUCUGUCACCAAGCUCAUCUCGGCAGGGACACAGGACAGCGAGUGGGGCAGCCCUACCUCCCUGCAAGGCCAGCUGGGUAGUGUGAUGGUAUUCCAUGAGCCUCUGCAGCCUGCCCAAGUCAAAGCCCUGUGCAGCUCAGGACCAAACUGCAUCUCUCCGAGGAACCAGGAGUCUGAGCUGGGAGACCUUUCCUCCAAAUUGUUGUUGCACUAUUCUCCCAAGGCAUGCCGCAACCCUAUCUGCCUGGACCUGUCUCCAAACUUGCUCCAUGGACGACUAACGGGGAAUAAGGUCAUCAACUGGGAUAUCAAGGACAUGAUUAACUGCGUGGGCGGACUACCUGUGCUUUUCCCUAUUCUGGAGCAGCUUGCCUUGGUGUCCCUGGACCUUCAGCCCGACUCAAUGGUCUCAGAGUUCAUCACCCCUGAGCUGGCCACCCCUGCUGAGGGGGACUGGGUAAUUCUGCCCUCAAAUAGGGCUUCAGAAGCCCGUCUAGAAAAGAAUCUCGCUGCCACCUUCCUGCUGGUGCUCAAACACUUCCUCCUGAGACACCCAAUCAACCAGGAGAGUUUGCUACACUCCCAUGGAGUAGCCACCUUAGGCGCCCUGUUGCAGAAGUUGCCUAGGUACUUAGUGGACGUGAAUGUUCUAGUGGCUGUCCAGCUGUUGGUGGAGCAGGUGACCAUAGAGAAGAACUCCCAGCUUCUGCAACAGCUGCACACGCAUCUGCUCUUCAACUUUGGCAUCUGGAACCAGGGCGAUUUCCCCUUACGUAUUGGUCACAUCCAGUACAUGUCCACCAUCAUCAAGGACAACAGGAAGCAGUUUAGGAAGAAGUAUGGGGUACAGUUCUUGCUUGAUACCAUCCGCCUCUACUAUGGGAGUGGCAACAGGGAUGGAGACUUGAGUGAGGAUGACAUCCGCACCAUCCGUGCCUCACUCUAUGGCCUACUCAAGUAUUACAUCAGCAAGGGUGUGACACAGGAAGAACUGCAGAGUAUCUUGGGAUACAUUGCUGCCAUUGGUGAUGAGGAGCAGCUCUGUGGGAUGCUGGAGCUGCUGCUUACCCUCCUGCAGACAAGUGGAGCACGAGAUCAACUCUUCCUGCUGCUCUUUGAACCGGGGGCAGCUGACACCUUCUAUGCCCUUUUGCUCAACGGCAAACACUCAGAUCGCCUGCGUGAGCUGGUCUUCAAGCUGUUUGAGCGUAUGCUAAGAUGCGACCGUGUCUACGAGAAGAGUAAGCAGAGACUGAAGCUGAGGGAGGUGGGCUACUCUGGCCUAACACUCCUCUUCUCAGACUUGCAUGUCACACCUGCCCUCAUGAAGAGCCUGCUCAACCAGGUGCUCUGCACAGACCCUGUAGUGAACUACAAGGAUCUAAUGGCCUUGGUCCAGCUGACCCACCGAGCGGGACUUAAUGUACGACUACUAGUGUGCAAGAAGCUUUACCAUCUCCUGCAGUCCCAGCAGGAUGCUGCUCUGCAGAUCUCCAAGCAGCUGUGCUGGCAGGAGACCCUGGCCAAGCUCUUCCUGCGACCAUCAUGGGCUGAGGGGCUGGCUGGACGCAGUGAUGCCAGCAGCAUUGGUAGCUUGGACCUCAGUAGGGGGAGCAGCAGUCGACCAGAACCCCUAACAGAGAAAAGAAGUCUCACCGAAAGCACCGGGGGGAGAACAGAUGAGGACAAAGAUGCUUCAGACAGCCUGGUGGACAACCGCUCUCUGGACAGCCUUGAAAAUGGGGACUUGCUGACGUUUGCAGAUACCCCUGUGGAGCCUCAGGUGCCCAAGCCCUGGAGUGGGAAGGCUGAGGGUUUGAGUUUAGACUUGACCCAUGUGCAUCUCUAUGAGCACGGAGACAGUGGCAGCCAGACUCCUGGUAGCAUGCCCAGCACACCUUCCCCUCUGGAGACAGCUAAGCCGUUCCCUGGGGUCCCAGUCGAACAGGAAACAUCAUCUUCUCUUACAGAUGACAGCUUCCUGUUUACUGACGACAUGUCACUUGGGGAGUCUUUCAGCAGCACAGAGCGGACGGAAGAGGAGCUGUCCCGCAUAUUGCUGGAGGUCAUGCUGUGUGUGAUGUGGCGGGGCGUGGAGGGCUCAGAUGAUGCAGCCUGGUUGGAGCGUGGCCAGCUGUUCUCUGCCCUCACCAAGCUGGGUACUGCCAAUGAGCUCUUGCUCCCUGUGGAUCACAUCAAGCUGAGUCUUCUGGAGAAGAUGCUGGAGUGGGCGGUGAUGGACAACCGGGAGGCCACUGCAGCCAUGCUACCUCAGCACACAGAGAAUGCAGUGCGCCUUCUUCACAUCCUACAGGACUUCCUACAGGCAGAAGGUUUAGUUAACCCAGCACUGUGGACAGAGAAGCUGCUAGAGGAGGCUAUCACACUGAUGGAUAGCCUCAUGGUCUGGUACAGUUCUGGGUCACAGUGGCAGCAGCUCUCACAGGUUGGCAUCCGGCUGCUGCUAGGCUUUAUGGCACAGGAGGACAUGCAGGUGUGUGCCAUGGCAACAGCAAAGCUCAAUGCCAUCCUGCAGACAAAGCAUGUGGAGACACAGGAUGAGGCUUGUUAUCUGCUGGGCCGGUUGGAGGGCAUCCUUAGCCGCUCUGUGCGGGAGCAAACGGAGACGUACUCCUUUCUCAUCCCUCUACUGCGCACACUGCUCUCCAAGAUCCACAAGCUGCUGUACAUGGAGUUGCACCUGCCCUCACUCCCUGAUACCAAUGGCAGCCCGUCCUUCUUCGAGGACUUCCAGCUCUACUGCAGUUCCCCGGAGUGGAGGGUCUACCUGGAUAAAUAUAUUAUUCCCUACAUGAAGCAAUAUGAAAUUGAGAUGUUUAGCCAGGGACAUGAGACCAUGGCCAUCUUCUGGAAGGAGUGCUAUGAGGCCUUCAUGGUUAAUUUGCACCGACGCGAGAGGGAGAGGGGAGAAAGCAAAAUCAGGUUUCAGGAGCAAUUUGUGGAGCCCUUCUCUCGGCGUAGUCGGCAGGAAAACCUUCGCUACAAUAGCGCGUUGAAGCAGAUGCACACUCUGAAUGGCACCAUCCUCAGGCAGUGGAAGGCAGCACGGAGGAGCCUGGUGUGUGAGAGAGGCCCGUGGGCUGAGAAGCUGCAGGGAGAGAUGCGCUGGCGGCUCUCCAGUGCGGAGAACUACUCCCGUAUGAGGCUUAAACUAGUGCGCAACUACAACUUUGACCCGCAUCUUGAUGCCAGUGCUCUGAGAGACAACCUUGGUGUGCAGCAGCAACAGGUUUGUGCAGAGUCUUUGCUGCUAGAGGCUGUGAAGCAGGUGAAGGUCAGUGACUUGGAAGAUGAUAUGCUAGAGAUGCCUGAGGAUGAUCCUGGGGGAGGAAACACAAUGAGUGAGACGGAGGAGGCCACUCAGCGUGAGAAGUUGGUGUUCUGGGAGGACUGUGAGUUGGUGACAGUGGUGGAUGUCAUCCCUGGACGCCUGGAGCUCACCACUCAGCACAUCUACUUCUAUGAUGGCAGUGUAGAGAAGGAGGAAGGUGUGGGCUAUGACUUCAAGUGGCCGCUGUCACAAAUUCGGGAGAUUCACCUCCGGAGGUAUAACCUGAGGCGUUCUGCCCUGGAGGUCUUUCUCAUUGACCAGACCAACUACUUUCUCAAUUUCAAGAAGGAGGUGCGAAACAAGGUGUACAAUCGAAUUCUCUUGCUGCAGUCCCUCAAUCUGUAUGGUACCCGUUCACCACAGGAGCUACUGAAAACUUCUGGGCUCACUCAGAAAUGGGUGAACAGAGAGAUUUCCAACUUUGACUACCUCAUGCAGCUCAACACCAUUGCUGGUCGCACAUACAAUGACUUGGCCCAGUAUCCUGUGUUUCCUUGGAUUUUGGCAGACUACACUUCAGAGGAGCUGGACCUCACAGAUCCUCGUGUAUUCCGGGAUUUGUCCAAGCCUAUUGGUGUUGUAAAUGAGAAAAAUGCCAAGGCUGUGCGAGAGAAGUAUGAGAGCUUUGAGGACCCCACUGGCACAAUCGACAGGUUCCAUUAUGGCACACAUUACUCUAAUGCAGCUGGGGUCAUGCACUACUUGAUCCGUGUGGAACCUUUCACUUCCCUGCACAUCCAGCUGCAGAGUGGCAGGUUUGACUGUGCAGACCGUCAGUUCCACUCAAUCCCUGCCACCUGGCAAGCACUGAUGGACAAUCCCAAUGAUGUCAAGGAACUGAUACCAGAGUUUUUCUAUUUCCCAGAGUUCCUGGAGAACCAGAAUGGCUUCAACCUGGGCCGCCUACAGAUAUGCAAGGAGCGUGUCAAUGAUGUCAUCCUUCCUAUGUGGGCAAAGUCCCCAGAAGACUUCAUUUACAAGCACAGAAAGGCCCUGGAAUCCGAAUAUGUAUCGGCCCAUCUGCAUGAGUGGAUUGAUCUGAUUUUUGGAUACAAGCAGAGGGGCCCUGCAGCAGUGGAGGCACUCAAUGUCUUCUACUACUGCACUUAUGAAGGUGCAGUGGAUUUGGAUGCCAUAACAAAUGAGAAGGAACGUAAGGCCUUGGAGGGGAUGAUCAGCAAUUUUGGGCAGACUCCUUGCCAGCUCCUCAAGGAACCACACCCUGUUCGUUUGUCACUGGAGGAGGUGGAAAAAAAGAAAUCCAGGGACACAUGUCCACUCAGCAUCUUUGAGCACCUAACUGAUCUUAAAUCAUUCUUUGUAGAGGGCAUUUGUGACAAUGUGCCUUUACUGAAGGCAGUUGUGCCCAAGGACCAGUCUCAUUCUUUCAUCUCACAGGGCAGUCCUGACACACUGGUAACCCUGAGUCAGAACUGCUUGCUGGGGACUCAUGGCUGGCUGCCCUAUGACAAGAAUAUCUCCAACUACUUCACUUUUAUCAAAGACCCCACAGUCACUAAUCCCAGAACCCAGCGCUUCCUUGCUGGACCCUUCUCACCUGGCAUGGAGGUGACUGCGCAGCUCUUUGUGAUUUCACAUGAUGGGAAGCUGCUCUUCAGUGGAGGCCACUGGGACAACAGCCUGCGGGUGACUUCCCUGACUAAGGGCAAAACUGUGGGCCAGUACAUCCGUCAUAUGGACAUAGUGACCUGUUUGGCAACAGACUAUUGUGGUAUCCACUUGAUCUCAGGCUCCAGGGACACCACCUGUAUGGUAUGGCAGGUGCUGCAACAGGGAGGGGCACCAGUGGGCCUCAGCCCCAAGCCGGUGCAGGUGCUGUAUGGGCACACAAAUGAAGUGGUCAGUGUUGGAAUCAGUACGGAACUUGACAUGGCUGUCUCAGGAUCACGGGAUGGCACUGUGAUCAUUCAUACUGUGCGGAGAGGCCAGUAUAUGCGCUGUCUGCAUCCACCCUGUGAGAGCUCAUUGCCAGUAUCUAUUCUGCACCUGGCCAUCUCCUGGGAGGGCUACCUGGUGGUGCACACCUGCAUUGAGGGCAAGGCCACUAUGACGGACAAGAAUGCCCUGCACCUCUAUUCAGUGAACGGGAAGCACCUGUGCACAGAGAGACUACGAGACCAAGUGACAGAUGUGUGUGUGUCCGGGGAGUAUGUGGUGCUGGGCAGCGAGCAGGGGUGUCUGUCCAUCCGUGACUUGUACAGCUUGUCCCUUUGCGUGUCACCAAUGGCAUUGCGUGUCCCGAUUUGCUGCGUGUCAGUGACCAAGGAGCAGAGCCAUGUCCUAGUGGGCCUCCAGGAUGGCAAGCUCAUCAUAGUGGGCGUGGGUAAACCAGCAGAGAUGCGCUCUGGCCAAAUCACACGCAAGCUUUGGGGAUCCAGUAAGCGUUUGACGCAGAUCUCUGCUGGAGAAACAGAGUACCGCACCCACGACCAGAAUUGACUCUCCUCUCCCAGCUUCACCCCCGUCCCCCCACCCUAAUUUUACCAAAAUCAUCAAUUCUGCUCUGGCACUGUACCACUUCAGCCAGAUUGACACAAGUCCCUGUCAAUCACUACAGUCUUUUCCCAACCAGAACAGAACUUUGCCAUGCUAGAUUGAAUGUUCUGCAGCACCUUAAUAUUGAGAGUUCUAGUCAUACUAAUUUUAUGGUGAGAAACUAUAUUUUUGUGUGUGUAUGUGUAAUGGACUCUGAACAAGAUCAACCAGCGCGGGCGCUAUGGUUUGAUUUGUCUAUAUACCUUUGCCACAUUUUCAUUUCCCACCAUGAGCACCUACAUCACGUACACCCCUUCUGACCAAUUGUUACAUUCAUUAUCACUUUACAAGCUUUCUCAAGGGAAAAGGCAAAUAUAAAAUCUAAAACAUCAUCCAACUAGUUCUUAUUGGCAAACAAAAUCUCAGGUAACUAAAAAGUGUGGUUCAUCUUUUGAAGGAGACUCAAGUGACUGAUUUUUUUUCUUUUUUUUUUUGUGGCCUUUCGCUUGCCUUACAGAUGUCUUGUUUACAGUUGCCCUUAAUGAUGCAAUUUCCUGUUUUUGACGGUUAUGGCGCAGUUUUAUGCAAGAGCAUUAAUACAAAGUGCCAGUCAUGCCUUGGAGACACUUUCUAGUUCCUUUAUUAUACAAAUGAGAUGUUUUCCAUGCUGUCCAGACCACACCAUUGCAAGAUCUAUCCUGUGUGUGCCUGCAUGUGCAAGAGAUUAAUCAACAUGUUUUGAAAUCACACCAGUUUGACUUCCACACACACACACACACAAAAUGCAGCACUGUAGAGUACAUGCUUAGUGUACCUUUCUGUAGAGAGCCGUUUCGUUGAUGGUCUAACACUACGCGGAGCAGCUGCCUGUCUGGAAAUGCCUUUGGCCUAGUAUUUUGUGGUUCUGAGCAGGCAGCGCUGCUCACUGGGCUCUUCCCAUUACACACCUCUAUAUACAGGUCCAAUAAAGUGCACAGGAUCUGCUAAAAUGCAGUUUGUUUACUCAAGAUUUCCUGAUUUCUCAUUUCAUUUUAAUACUCAAUUUAUGUGAAAGCAGUUCUGGACAGAGACUGGUGGAAACUUUUUGAAAGCAAAUAUACUGUUGGGUACAAACUGUAUUCUCCUAAAUGGCAUCGGAUUUAUUUGGUUAAUGAUCAUAGCUGAAUCCCAGUUUUCCCAGUGAGAGUGCUGUCACUAUGGCCUUAGUUGUGAUGGUGGAAUGGAAGGUGGGCCUUCCUGGUAAGAUGCCACUGAAGGAUGCUCACAUAUGAGAAAUGUAGCUUUUGAAGUUCUGCCACUGUCCACCCCCUCCGAGGUUGUACCCUCUGAGGAAAAUGUCUCGGCUCAUCUUAUCCCAUGUUACUUAUUCCAGAAGUUUCAGUUACUGCAUCAGUAGAUACAUCAGCCAAACUUGGUGAGUGAAGUUAUUUUCCAUUUUGCAUUGUAUUUGGAAGGUUUUGAAUUUUGCGAGAUGCUCAAAGUUUUCUAUUUAUCAAACUGACACAAGUGUUUGAUCAUGUUUUGUUUUUUUUUGUGAAAGAUUUCUUCCAUGUGUAUGUUUUUGGAUUUUUCUAAAUUAAAAUUCUGAUAAACAGAUUUUUAAACAAUUAGGUCCAUACCAGAGUGUGAAGCACUCUUACGUUUUCUUACUGCUGGUAUUUUGUUCGUAGCCUGGACCAGGAUGUAAAUCUGAGUGUAUAAUGGUGGGUUUUUUUUUUUCUUUUUUUCAGUUAUUAUUUAACAUCCAUGAUACAUGAUCAGCCAGCAGGCUCAGCUGAUGAACCAAUUAAUAAGAGAAGUUAAUGAAGUGUUGUAUUUGUAGGCAUAGUGGCUACAGCCAAGUUAUUUUUUUUUUCUUCUGUACCAUAAAUGAAAUACCAAAUCACCCCUUCCCUAUUCUGUUGCCUGUAUUUUAUCAGCAAUUCCAUUUUUAAGAGAAAUUUAGAAUUCCAUCACUAAAGGGCAGUGCCUUUUCCCAUGCUGGGUCACAUGACCUAGGUCAUUCAUGCUGGUGUGUGUGUAACUGGAGUAUGACAACCCCCCCGCAAAAAAAAAAAAAAAAAACUCAAUCCCUUGGGGUCAGCAGCAUUCCAGUAAAAGACUCCAGUUUUGACAGGAACCAAAUCAAGAAGAAUGCCCCUAAAACUCAAUAGAUAUGACUAAUCCUAGCUGCUUUCUUUAACUCACCAAAUUGGUGUUUUGUGUGUGUGUGUAGUUGAUUAUUUAUAAAUACAGUAUAUAAAUAUGUACAGCAUGAUUUUUAUUUGUGUAUUUGAGAUGUAUUUUUUGCACUUCCCAGCUACUACAGAUUGUAACUGUUUUUAAAUGUUUCUUCUCAUCUGUAAGGACAAACUGCUCUAUA